AUGCCAGAAGUAGUGAAAGCCCCCCCAAAUGAUGGGUCAUUCUGUGAGAAAAAGCCAACCCAGGUGGUCGCAAUAGAAGAUGACUCGCCCCAGUCGUCUGAUAUCCUGCAACCUCGAGCCAACGCCCUCGGGUACGAUACCGGCGAAGACAUGACGUUUCCCAAAGAAGGGUUGCGGGCAUGGCUUGUGGUGUUGGGUUCCUGGUGUGGCAUGAUUGCAACCUUUGGUAUCUCUAGCUCAAUGGGUGUGCUCCAGGAGUAUCUGGCAAAGAACAUCCUCACUGACUACUCUGAAUCCGACGUCUCGUGGAUCUUCUCCGUUUGGCUAUUCGUGAUGUUUGUUGGUGGCAUCCAGAUUGGACCGUUGUUUGAUACAUAUGGGGCUCGCGUUCUGUUGAUUGCCGGUAGCAUCUGUCACGUGCUAUCGCUCUUUUUCCUUGCUUGGUCUAAAGAGUACUACCAGUUUAUUUUGGGAUUCAGUGUUCUGGGCGGUAUCGGAUCUACAAUGAUCUUUAAUCCCUGUACCACGGUAAUUGCCCAUUGGUUCUGGAAACGUCGUGCUUUUGCUACCGGAAUCGCAACGUCGGGCGGUGCUAUUGGCGGCAUCAUGUUUUCACUCAGCCUCAGUAAACUGUUAGAAACAACCAGUUAUGCAUGGAGUGUUCGCGUGAUCGCAUUCGUUGUACUAUUCUUGUGUGUCAUUUGUGUGGUGUCGGUCGACUCAAGAGGCCAGAAAACAAAGGCUUUCUCAAACGCUCUGAUGGACUUCAAAGCAUUGAAAAAUUGGGAAUUUCUAACCCUUGUUUUCGCCAUAUUUAUGGUAGAGUGGGGUGUGUUUGUACCAAUGAACUACCUUGCGUCGUACUGCGUUUCUCGCGGACUGACCACGACAUAUUCCAACCAGGUGCUGGCCUACCUGAACGUUGGUUCGGUCUUUGGGCGAGCUUGUCCAGGGUACUUUGCCGAUAAAUGGGGGGCAUUCAAUAUCAUGACCACCACAUCAUUUAUCUGCGGCAUUUUAUGCUUGGCUGUAUGGCUUCCUGCUGGCUCAACCAAGGCUGGAGUCACUGCUUUUGCAGUACUCUUCGGCUUCUGGUCAGGAUCCACCAUUUCCCUCACGCCUGUGUGUGUAUCACGGUUAUCUCCCACCAAGGACUACGGUAGAAGGUACGGUACAUGUUACUUUUUCUCCAGUAUUGCUGCCCUGACUGGAAUGCCUAUUGCGGGCUCUCUAACAGACCACCAUUAUUUGGGCCUCAUUCUGUUUGCCGGUUUAGUUUAUCUGCUGGGGGCUUUUCUCUUUUUGACAUCCCGCACGCUUGCGGUUGGUAAACAGCAAAUUUUCUAG